AUGUUCGCCUACGAACCUGGCUUCUACGUGCCAGUCAAUCAAGGCUAUGAGCACCCGGCACUGCCAUACCACCCAUUCGCCGCCCACGAAAUGACGCCGCAUCCUGAGUACGAAGGAUACGUGCUCGUCAACCCGACCCAAGGUAACGGCUGGCUCUCGGAGUCGCAUGACUAUCACCCGAACAAAGUACCUCGUUUCUCUACACCGGUACUGCCUUCAGCGACCACGCCUCCUCGAGCACCGGCUGUCCCCAUCAGCCCGGUAUCGUUUGUGACUCGGCAGAAGUUCAAGCGGACUGCAACGGCAUGCGAGGAGUGCCGAAAGAAAAAGCAGAAAUGCGACGGCGAAGACCCCUGCCAGGCAUGCAAAGACCAAAACAUCAACUGCCAAUACCGCGAGGUGCCGAUCAGGAAGAAAGACCAAGGCCCCGAGAGGUUGAUGCAACUGAUGGAGCACCUACACAAACAAAUCGCCAUGCUGAACGACCGAAUCGUCGAAAUGCGCGCCAUGCUGGACGAGCAAGAUCGACGCCUCAGGCUGCAGACGCAGAACUGGCAUCGACACAACAGUAACAACAACAACAAUGCCAAUGUCGGGGAGGUCUGCGCGUAA